CCGCAGGAGGGGCGCGGCGGGACGGGCGGCAGCGCCCGCCUCCUCGGCUCUCCCGGUCUCGGCCCGUGCGGCUCGCCUCCGCUCGCCGGGGGUACACCCGCCGCCCGCAGCCCCCCGGGGCCGGCGAGAGGCGCCUGCGCGCUGCAGCCGCUCGGUGCCGGCCCCGGAGCUGGCGCCGCCCGCAGCCUCCCGCCGCCUUCUGCCUAUUUUAGUCACAGCGGCGGCUCGGUGGCCGCGGUAGGUUGUCGUGCCGGCAGUGCCGGGAGCGGCGAGGAGCGGCACCUUAAGCCCGUCCCGUCCGGGCGGCCGGGAAACUUUUCCGAGGGCGCGGGCAGAGGCACGGGGCAGACCAGGUGAAACUGCAGAUGACAUGGCCAAAGUCAAGACAAUACAUGAACUGAUGAGAGACAGCAUGAGCCUCCUACUUGCUGGAAAUCCAAAGUGCAAAGUUGCUACCAAAAGAGACCCUGAUGUUAUGUGAUCAUUGAGCAGAGUUUGCAAGAAUGGAAAAGCAAAGGACCCCACUAGCUGUGUCGCAUAAAUAAAAUUUUCCAGGAUUCAGCUGAAUUGAAAAAUUGUUCCAACCAUGGGAGAAAAUGCAAGUUUUUGGGAAAGUUUGAUAUAUGCACAUCCUACCUGCACCACCUGGAAGCAAGAGGCAGAGGGAUCUAUCUACCACCUAGCCAGUAUUCUUUUUGUUGUUGGCUUCAUGGGUGGAAGUGGAUUCUUUGGGCUACUCUAUGUCUUCAGCUUGCUUGGAUUGGGCUUUCUCUGCUCUUCUGUUUGGGCUUGGCUGGACGUCUGUGCCGCUGAUAUAUUCUCCUGGAAUUUUAUACUGUUUGCUAUAUGCUUCGUCCAGUUCAUUUACGUUACCUACCAAGUUCGGAGUGUUUCCUUUGACAGAGAAUUCCAGGAACUCUACAGCGCACUCUUCCAGCCUCUGGGAAUCUCCUUGACUGUUUACAGGAAGAUUGUCUUGUGCUGUGAUGCAGAAGUAGUUACCCUGGAGAAGGAACACUGUUACGCCAUGCAGGGCAAAACACCUAUUGAUAAACUGUCCUUGCUUGUGUCAGGCAGGAUCAGAGUGACAGUCGAUGGGGAGUUUCUGCAUUAUAUAUUUCCUCUUCAAUUUCUGGAUUCUCCUGAAUGGGAUUCUCUGAGGCCCACAGAAGAGGGAAUUUUCCAGGUAACGCUUACAGCAGAGACAGAUUGUCGGUAUGUGGCCUGGAGGAGAAAGAAGCUGUAUCUGCUGUUCGCUAAACACCGUUUCAUCUCCCGCCUGUUCUCAAUUUUAAUCGGGAGCGACAUUGCUGAAAAACUGUAUGCCUUGAAUGACAGAGUGCAGGCGGGGAAAGGCUUUAGGUACGAUAUUCGGUUACCGAACUUCUACCACGUCUCGCUGCCAGAGACCCCUCCAGUGCAGCCCUCCCACCACCUCCAGAGAGGGUCCCCCCGCCGCAAGCCCCCUGGGGUCACAAACUGCGGCUCCUUCAGCGCACAGUCCUAGUGGGCAGGACUCUGCUGCAGCCUUUCCCCAAAGCAAGGAAGAGAAAUGCAAAGUGGUGAAGCUGAAGAGCAGAAAAGUAAAGCAGAAUGAGACCUAGUCAAGCCAAAUUUGACUGACAAGUGCCAUUUACUUUCGUUGAAGUAGCUUGAGUUCUUCCUCUCCCUGUAGAGCCAGCAGGUUGGCCUCUGCAUUUUGACUGUUUGUGCAAUAUGUUUCUGUUGAUUCUUUUGUUGAUCUUCAAUCCGCCUUACUUUUGGAGGAAAACAAAUCAUAGCAGGCUGAAGUUUUAUUGUAAUUGCGGUGGCCUCUGUGUUGUGUUUUUUAAAAUAACAAACCCACUGUAUUUGUGAUUAUACAUUCUCGAAAUUAUUUGCCAUCAUGAAGUAUAGUCAGUAUUGUCAAUGAAAACAAGUAAGUUGUCUUCAAAAUAUAGCAACUUGCUUUAAACAUUCGUAUUUAUACCACAUGAAAAUUGUCUUAAGUAACAUGAAGUAUAUUGCAGAAAAAGGCUAAGAGACCGAUUGUAUUAGUUUUGGUUUUUAAAGAAAUAAAAGAUUUUGAAUUAACAAAAAAAAGCCAAACAAAACAAUAAUUUUCCAUCUGUAAGUGAUUGGUUUCUCUCCAGCUGGCCUAAAGAGGUAUUAUGUGAAAACAAACAUGAAUGUAAUUGCUGGCAUUAAAAAAGUAAAGCAGUUGUAACUGCUGCAAAUAUAGCUUAGGGAAAUGAUUGUGUAGUGUUUCUGAUAGAAUGUGAUGCUAUAGGACCUAGGCUUCCACAGUGUCAGUGCCAUUCAUGACAUGUAUAAUAAAUACUGUUAAUCAACUGCCAAACCAUUGGAGUUUGUUUUACAAUAUUCUUUUUAGCCAGGUUUGUCAGGAAGUAACUACUUAAGAAACAGCUGCAGCAAUAAAUACAUUUUUUAUCUGAAACAUCA